UAUUCCUCGUAUCAAAGCUAGGGUUUGUUUUUCCUUUCUUGAGAGAUUCAUCAAACAAAAAAAGAAAAUCCGACAUGGGUUUCAGUUUCAAAACCCUGUUGAGUUUGUUCCCUUUAGUUUGGGUUAUGCUAAUGCAAGAAACAAGUGGAAGCCGACAUUAUUACAAUGUGAGUAAUAAUAUCAAAGGUAGAAAACAAGCCAAGAAUGGAUGUAAUCUGUUUCAAGGAAACUGGGUUUUGGAUCUUUCUUCAUAUCCUUUCUAUAAUUCUUCACAAUGUCCCUUCAUAGAUUCUGAAUUUGAUUGUCUUAAAUAUGGUAGACCAGAUAAACAGUUCCUUCACUAUUCAUGGAAACCUGACUCUUGCAACUUGCCAAGAUUUGAUGGGGUGAAUUUUCUGGGAAAAUGGAAGGGAAAGAAAAUAAUGUUUGUGGGUGACUCACUGAGUUUGAACAUGUGGGAAUCACUGGCAUGUAUGGUUCAAGCAUCAGUGCCUAAUUCCAAGACCACAUAUGUGAGGAAAGACCCUUUGUCUUUCGUUAUCUUUGAGGAUUAUGGAGUGACUCUCUAUAUGUAUAGAACACCAUACUUAGUAGAUAUAGUUAGAGAAACCGUUGGUGCAGUGCUUAAUCUAGGCUCCAUCAAUGGAGGCAAUGCAUGGAAAGGGAUGGACCUCCUGAUUUUCAACACGUGGCAUUGGUGGACCCACAAAGGGCAAUCUCAAGCGUACGAUUCCUAUCAUCUAAUUUUCCAUCUGAUUAUUAUGAUUAUGAUUGUAAAGAUUUGUUUUUAUGUAGAAUUAUAUGAAGAUAUGGACCGUUUGGUGGCGUUCAACAAAGGGCUUACAACUUGGGCUAAUUGGGUAGACAACAAUGUGGAUCCUAACAUCACCAAAGUCUUCUUCCAAGGCAUUUCUCCCACCCAUUACGAGGGCAGGGAAUGGAACCAACCAAACAAGAACUGUAACGGAGAACUGGAGCCACUUUCCGGUCCAACAUACCCGGCGGGGGCUCCACCGGCGGUGGCUGUCGUGAACAAAGUUUUGGGGACGAUGAAGAAGCCGGUGUAUUUGCUGGAUAUUACGACACUAUCGCAACUGAGAAAAGAUGCUCAUCCUUCCACUUAUGGCGGUCUUUCGGGCAAUGAUUGUAGCCAUUGGUGUCUUCCUGGUUUGCCUGAUACAUGGAACCACCUUCUAUAUGCUGCUCUAUUCAUGUGAAAGCUUUCAACAAUGGCGGCAACAUUGAAUUUAUGAAUCUUUUAUUCUUUUUUAUACAUGUAAUUUGUACAUUCAUGACGGUGGUGACAGUUUUCAUUUAGUUUUGGUAGGUGAGGCGCCAAACAUCAAUUGUAAAGUGACUGAUUUUUUAAA